UUUAGUGCUUCCAGUGAAUUAUUAUGGUCAUGACAGGAUACGCAAAGACCUACCUUUUGAGUCACUGGAAGCCUUUACCAUUGAGAAUGUCCAGGAAGGAUCCAAAUGGCUUUAGACUCAUUGUCUUGCAUUAUACAUCAUAUCAUUGACAACAUGCUCAUUUCUUUACUUUGAAUACAAGAGCAUUACUAAUUUAUGCCUAGGACAUGUCACUGGAUUGCCUCCAAAACCAAGUCAGUUUACAAUUCUUGUCCGAGGAAUACCUUGGUCCUCCGAGGAUUCAUACUGCGAAGCCGUGAAGAAGUUUUUCACAUAUUACCACCCAACAACAUAUUUGUCACACCAAAUAGUGUAUAAGUGUGGUGCUGUUGAGAAGAUAAAGGAUGAUGCAGAAUAUAUAUGUAAGAUGUUGGGUGAUGGUGUUGAACACAGUUGUAAGCCAAGCAUUGUGCAAUGUUACUUUUGUGGAGGAACCAAUAGUUUUAAGAUUAUUGCAAAUGAAACGGAUAGUAUACAUUCGAGAACAGGCUUAACUGACGUGCACAUAGUUGCAAGAAAAAAGGAAUGUGCAGCCGCCUUCGUGUUCUUUAAGACUCGGUAUGCUGCCCUUAUGGCUGCCCGAAAUCUUCAAGCAUCAAAUCCUAUGUUAUGGGUCACAGAUCAAGCUCCUGAACCACGUGAUAUUUACUGGUCCAACCUUUGCAUGCCUUACAAACAACUUUGGAUUCGAAAGAUAUUUACAUGGGUGGCUUCUUUCACCUUCGUGUUACUAUUUCUCAUCCCUGUCACAUUUGCACAAGGCUUGACUCAAUUAGACAAGCUUGAGAAAAUGUUCCCUUUUUGGAUAGAUAUACUUCAAAAGAAAUUUACGGUUCAACUGGUGACUGGUUACUUGCCAAGUGUGAUUUUGGUUUUAUUUUUAAUUGGUGUUGGACCAGUGAUGAUGUUGCUUUCAGCAGUGGAGGGCCCAAUUUCCCGUAGUUGUAGGAAGAGAAGUGCAUGCUACAAAGUUUUGUAUUUCACUAUUUGGAAUGCUUUUUUUGUCAAUGUUUUUGCCAGGUCUGUUAUUAGUUAACUCUCAGUGUUUACAAGUAUAACAGAACUACCUGCCCAACUUGCAAAGGCAGUUCCAACACAGGCUACGUUCUUCACAACAUAUGUUUUAUCAUCAGGGUGGGCAAGUCUAGCUUUUGAGAUUAUACAACCGUUUCCUCUUUUUUGUAACAGAUUCUAAAGACUAGUACUCUGCUCUGGGCA